AUGGCGCCAGGCAAGAGGAAUCUCAAGGCGACGAAAAAGUUCGAGAAGAAGCACCUUACAGGUGUUCUCGACAAGAGAAAAGCGGGCGCCAAAGUCAAGCAGCGCCAGCAGAUGCUCGAUAAGAAGAAGCAGCGAAGAGCAAAGGAUGCCGAGUCCAUAAGCGCCAACAAGGAGGAUGAGGCUAAGAAGCCUGCCGCCAAGGGCAAGAAGGUCAACGAAAUGAGCGUCGAUGACUUCUUCAAUGGCGGUUUCGAUGAGAUUAUCGAGGAUAAGAAGAAUGGCAAGUCUGGAAAGCGCAAGAGAGAUGGUCGCGCCGCCGAGGAUAACGAAGACGACUCUGACGACUCAAUGGGCGAGCAACCUGUUGCCAACGACAGCGACGACAACGAGGACGACGGUGAGGAUCUCGGCAUGAGCAAGAAGACCAUGGAUGAGCUCGCCGAGAAGGAUCCCGAAUUCUACAAGUUCUUGAAGGAGAACGACCCCGAGGUCCUCGACUUUGACGACAAUGCCGAUCUUGCUGAGGUCGAUGCGCUCAGCGGCGACGACGAGGAGGAACAAGAAGAGGAGCAGCCCAAGAAGAAGAAGCAGAAGAAGGACAAGAAGGCCGAGGCUGUCGCGCAAGGAAACGAAUUGACUCGUGAGCUUGUUGCUUCAUGGAAGAAGGCUAUGGCCGACAGACACUCGCUACGAGCAGCCCGACAGGUCGUUCUCGCUUUCCGUUGCGCCGCGCACUUGAACGAGGACGAUGAGGAGGAGUCUCAGCAGCGAUAUGUUAUUAACAGCCCCGAGGUCUUCAACGACAUUCUUCUCCUUGCGCUUAAGGAGAUCCCCACGGUUAUGAACCACCACCUCCCCGUCAAGGAGUCAGCUUCCGGCAGGGUCCACGUCCAAACUGAGUCAAAGAAGUUCCACACCCUAUCUCUAUUGCUCAAGACAUACACCUCUUCCAUUAUGCACCUCCUGAGCACCCUCUCUGACGACAAGACCCUCAAGCUCACUCUCUCUUCCAUCACCCCCAUCCUCCCUUACCUCCUCUCCUUCAAGAAGCUCGUCAAGGCUCUUGCCAAGUCUGUCGUCAACUUCUGGGCCCAGCCUGCCAGUUCCGAGACUACAAAGAUCACAGCGUUCCUUGUCCUACGACGCCUCGUUGUUAUUGGUGACAAGGGUAUUCGCGAGACAGUCCUCAAGGCCGUUUACCAAGGUCUCAUUCAGGGCUGCCGUGUUACAAAUGCCAACACUGUCCAGGGUAUCAACCUCAUGAAGAACUCUGCCGCUGAGCUCUGGGGCAUCGACCAAGCUGUUGGCUACACAACUGCUUUCUCCUUUAUCCGACAGCUUGCCAUCCACCUGCGCAACAGUAUCGUCCACAACAAGAACGACGCUUUCCGCAUUGUCUACAACUGGCAGUACACCCACUCUCUUGACUUCUGGUCAUGUGUUCUUGCAGAGCACUGCAGUCCCCUGAAGGAGGCCGAGGCUGGAAAGGAGAGCCAGCUCAAGCUUCUUAUCUACCCUCUUGUUCAAGUCACACUCGGAGCCAUGCGUCUGAUCCCCACCGCUGUUUACUUCCCCUUCCGCUUCCACCUAAUCCGCUCACUUCUCCGAGUCUCUCGCGCGACGGGCACUUACAUCCCUCUCGCCUCUCCUCUUAUCGAGGUCCUCUCCUCAGCCGAGAUGAAGAAGGCUCCUAAGGCCGCCUCUCUCAAGCCCUUCGACUUCGCCACAUCAUACAAGGCACCCAAGUCCUACCUCCGCACCCGUGUAUUCCAAGACGGAGUCGGUGAGCAGCUCGUCGAGCUUCUGAGCGAGUACUUCAUGCUCUGGGCCACCUCCAUCGCCUUCCCCGAGCUCGCCCUCCCCGUUAUCAUCCAGCUCAAGCGCUGGUUGAAGCAAGCCCGCAACAAGAACGCAGGCAACAAGAACGCCAAGCUCGCUGGCCAGCUCAUCCUUCUCGUCCAGAAGAUCGAGGCCAACUGCAAGUUCAUCGAGGAGAAGCGCGCCAAAGUCGAGUUCGCCCCCAAGGACCGCACCCAGGUCGAGGCUUUCCUGCGUGACUUUGAUGUUGCCAAGACACCUCUGGGAGCUUACGUUGUGGGACAGCGCAAGGCUCGUGCUGAGCGUGCCAAGCUUCUCGAGGAGGCCAGAAGGGAGGACGACCGCAAGCGACGUGAGGAUGAGAAGGGUGCCAUGGAGGAGGACCCAGUGGAGGAAAGCGAAGACGAGGAAAUUGACGAAGAUGAGGACGAGGAGAUGGAUGGCGAAGAUGUCAUUGACAGCGAAGAGGAUGAUGAGGAGUAG